UUUCGUUAGCUAACGAUAUCGUUAAGCGCAGUUAACGACAAGUGUCGCUACGAGCGAUUCUGUACGUGCAAGUUAACGACGUUUGUCGCUAGAGAGUAUCGUUACUUAACGAAAAGUAUCGUUAUCCUAUCGAGGGGUCUCGCAGCCCUCGGUAGCGUUAGCGACGCUCGGUAGCCCAUGACCAAUGCGUCAGUGUGUAAUUGUCGUUCAAGUGUGUAGGCCUACAAGUGUGUAAUCAAGUUUUUCGGAGUACAUUCGAGUACGUUAAAAAAUCAAAGAUUUGCUGAUAUUUUGAUUAAAAUAGUAUUUUAUAAAUACAUAUAUAAUAUCUCUUGAAAAUGGCGGAGGGAUUCCUUGCUUGGAAUGUACAAAAUUUGGAGGUUCGUGUGCGUCAUGUCGAGAGAAGAUUUGAGCGAAGAGAAUUGCGUGAGAUAGAUGAUCCGUUCGAACUUCCGGAUAAUGCGUUUCGGGAUUUAUUCCGUCUUUCUCCAGAGAUCAUGUCAGAUUUAAUAGAUAGUUUAUAUCCCUUACUAUCUCGAGAUAGACCCACAGGACUCUCUGUUGACAAACAAGUAUUGGCGGCUGUUAGAUUUUAUGCAACGGGAUGUUAUCAGCGACCAGUUGGUGAACAAUGGGGAAUAUCUAUGAGCCAGUCGUCAAUCAGUCGCUCUAUACGAAGUGUCACAAAUGCCAUAAACCAAUUACUUCUAAGACCAUGGGUAAGGUUCCCAAUAUCUGAGAUGGAGAGGCGAAUUGCACGCCAAGAAUUCCAAACAGCGAAUCAGCCUUUUGAAGGUGCAAUUGGUGCAAUCGAUUGUUCCCAUAUUGCGAUCAUUGCUCCAAGAGAACAUGAAGAGGGCUAUGUUAAUCACCAUGGUUAUCACUCGAUAAAUGUGCAAAUGAUCUGUGAUCCGAACCUAAAGGUUCUAAAUGUUAAUGCCCGGUAUCCUGGAGCUCGUAAUGAUUCGUAUAUUUGGAGUGCGUCGCCAGUACGACGAAUAAUGCAGCAGUGGUACGAACGUGGUGAACGCGAGACAUUUCUUAUUGGUGAUCAGGGUUAUCCACUUGAGCCAUGGCUAAUGACUCCUUUACCAAAUGAACGACUGGGAACACCUAGAUUUUUAUACAACCAAGAUUUUUGUAGUGCAAGGAAUUGCGUGGAACGCCUCUUUGGAGUUAUAAAAUCCACCUGGAGAUGCCUAUCAAAGCACAGAGUUUUGCAGUAUGAACCUGGUAUGGCAGGAAAAAUAGUAAAUGCUUGUGCAGUUUUACACAAUAUGCGUAUUCAAAACGGAAUACAAAUGGAAAUGAUUGAUGAAAACGAAAUAGAGGGCGAUAAUCCAAUCGUACACGAUGCUGACGAUGAUGAUCUUCGUCCACUGGCUGCUGCACGCCGCGUUCAAGAUCGCUUGAUUAGACAGAGAUAUGGCAUUUGAUGUAAGAUGAUCUAUUUUAUAACGAAGUGGCGGUACAACGUAGUUGUGCUGCUAUACAGAAAUCUAGUUUUAAAACUCUUGAAAUUGUACAUAUUCUCGCAAAUGAGACUUACCAUAAUAAUUGUAAAAAUGACUAGCUUGUGAAGCAAUCAUACUCAAACUGCGUGUUUGAUAUUGACAAUGUUUAGUAAUAAACUAUACCUUUCUAUAUUAAAA